AUGGGGCUCUUUGACAGAGGUGUUCAGAUGCUUUUAACCACCGUUGGUGCUUUCGCUGCCUUCAGCCUGAUGACCAUAGCUGUGGGGACCGACUACUGGCUUUACUCCAGAGGGGUUUGCAAGACUAAAACUGUCAGUGAGAACGAAACCAGCAAAAAGAACGAGGAAGUCAUGACCCAUUCUGGAUUAUGGAGAACCUGCUGCCUGGAAGGGAAUUUUAAAGGUCUGUGUAAGCAAAUCGAUCACUUCCCUGAGGAUGCAGAUUAUGAAGCCGAUACAGCAGAAUAUUUCCUCCGGGCUGUUAGAGCCUCUAGUAUUUUCCCGAUCCUGAGUGUGAUUCUGCUUUUCAUGGGUGGACUCUGCAUUGCAGCCAGCGAGUUCUACAAAACCCGACACAACAUCAUCCUUAGUGCCGGCAUCUUCUUCGUGUCUGCAGGUCUGAGUAACAUAAUUGGCAUCAUCGUAUACAUAUCAGCCAAUGCUGGAGACCCCUCCAAGAGCGACUCCAAGAAGAACAGCUACUCCUACGGCUGGUCCUUCUACUUCGGGGCCCUGUCCUUCAUUAUAGCCGAGAUGGUGGGAGUACUGGCCGUCCACAUGUUCAUAGACCGGCACAAACAGCUGCGCGCCAAUGCUCGUGCCACGGACUACCUCCAGUCCUCCGCCAUCACCCGCAUCCCCAGCUACCGGUACCGCUAUCAGAGACGCAGCCGCUCCAGCUCCCGCUCCACCGAGCCUUCACACUCCAGGGAUGCCUCUCCCGUCGGGAUCAAAGGGUUCAACACCCUCCCAUCAACAGAGAUCUCGAUGUACACCCUGACCAGAGACCCGCUGAAGGCAACCACCACCCCCACCGCCACCUACAACUCCGACAGGGAUAACAGUUUCCUCCAGGUUCACAACUGUAUCCAGAAAGAGAACAAGGACUCUAUCCACACCAACACAGCCAACCGCCGGACCACCCCGGUAUGA